ACGCUUCCACCGGAGUUUAGUUUAACACUGGCUGCCCUGCCCUGCACUACAGGAGAGAGAACGGGAGGGAGAGAGAGGGACAGUAAAGGGGUGAAACUGGCGUGGCUCUGGACAAGGCUCUGGACAUGCCAGUCCUACAGCAAUGACUCAGCCGUCACCCACUGGAUUUGAUCUUUGGUGCUUUCUUCUUACCUAAAUGUUGUCACUGGAUAAGAUGCACUCCCGAGCCAAGUCAAGGAGCUGUGACAACUACCUGAGCAUUAAGGACUCUGAGUCUCUGGACAGUUGUAUCCAGAGCACCCUGUCUGCGCUGUACCCUCCAUUCAGUGCCACCGCGUCCACCGUCCUGUGGCAGCUGUUCAGCGUGGUGGAGAGACAGUACCGUGGGGACGGACUCCGAUGCCUCAUCGACUUCUUACUUCCUGCCAAGAGGAUCCUGCAGAGCAUCCAACAAGAGACUUGUGUGCGUUUCCACGGCCGGCUGUUCUAUCAUGAGGGUUGGCCCUUCUGCAUCAACGAGAAGGUGGUCUUACAGCUCGCCCCGCUCCAUAAGGUCCGUCUGAAGCAGGGAGACUUCUACCUACAGGUGGUUCCUCUGGGCCGCAAGGCUGCCAAGCUGGUCAUAAAAUGUCUGUCGGCCAGUGGCCAGGCCAUCGCAGAGAUCCCCAUCCCGGAGAGCAUGUACGGCAGCGUCUUCACCGCUGACUUCCUGCAGAAUGUGACGCGCGAGCGCAACCUCCAUCCGCUGCAGAACUGGUUGCUCACCACCGGCACCGUCGUGUUCCGGACGCCGUGGAAGAACGUGGUGAAUCCUCUGUUCGUCAGCAGCACGGCAGACACCAUCAUGCAGACGCGGGGCGACAGCACGGGCUUCCGUGGCCAACUCAGCGCCUGCAGUACCAGUGGAUCCACAGGGACCCUGGACUCCCACCGCAGCUCCCACGAAUCACUACACUCCCAAGGGGCAGACUCUACCUUCUCAGAGCCUGCUAUCCUGAGCAGGCGGGUCCAUGUAAUGGACCCCAGCAGCACUAGUUGCAGGUCCCAACAGGAUCCCAACCCGGGACUUCACCGGAUGGAGAACCACAACCAGAACCACAGCCUGAGAGCAGCUCCUGACUCUCACUCCUGCAGCCCACAGACAGACAGGCUGGCUGGGGAGGGUGGUGGUGGUCCGGGGGAGGGCCAGUGGGAGGGGGGAGGAGGGCCAGGGUGGGACCAGAGAGAGGACCAGGACCCUGUCUUCAGCACCGACCUCAGUAACCCCAACCCUCGCCGGCCGCGCCACACCAGGGACUCUGUGUCCUUCGAGACCCGGAGACUGUUCCGGAAGUCCUACAUGGAGGCCCUGCAGAAUCCCAUGAACCUGGGCUCUAGCUCUGAGUCCAUCCUGGAGGAAGGACCAGAGCACAGUCCUGCAUGCCCAGGUCUCAGCCCACUCAGCCCCAGAGAAGAUGCCUCAUCUCCAACUUCGACCCCUGGUACCAGCCCCUCCACCCCCACCACCCAGAGAGAGCAGGGGCUCCGUGGGCUCAGGCUAGGGGGGACCAGGGCAUGGCUGGGUGGAGACCCCGACUCCCCCCGACUCUCUCCCAGCAUGCCUCUCCUGUACCUCCAGAGGGGUCUGAGGAACGCUGGGGCCCUGGAGACCCGGGCUGAGAGGCGCUCCAAGUCUCUGGAGAGGACUAACAAGGCAGCCCAGGUCAAAGGGCACCGGGCGCGCUCCUCCUCCGGGGGCUCGGCCAGCAGUGGAGUCUUCUCACCAAAGAAGCUGAUGAAUGGAUAUGCCCUGCGCUUCGGACGGCUGGACCUGGAAGCUGCCUUCUCCAGCUCAGACAGGAGGAGCAGUGUUAGAGAGGAGACAGCGAUCCAUGAAGGUGGCACCAGCACUAACCCCAGGCGGCACAGUCAAGAUGGAGCACAGUCACACCAUCACCCCCCCAAACCUUCUAAUGAAGUCCUCAUCCAGCUGGCCCCAGCCCCAGGGUCACCCCCUAACUGUCACCUCCCCAACCUGGUGUCAGAGGUCAACCCAGAACUACUGGCCUCUGGGGCCAUCAUCUUACCUGGUAACAGAGACCUCAGCGGGCGGGCGGUGCUGCAGGUGUGCACGCGGGGGAGGGUGUGGGCUGGGGAGAGCUGCACGGCCAAAGACCUCACCUGUCUCCUGGGUUACUACUAUUCAACGCUCAGGAGCGAGAGGCGUGACCAAGGCCUUACGGUGCUAGUGGACACCAGGAGACAGCAGCCCAGUCCUGCUCUUUUCUCUUCUCUGUCUGGACUGCAGGCUUUAUUACCAAAUGCACUUUACUCCGUCCUGUUACUUGCGGACAAGGAGACAGCUAUCAAGCCUGAAAGAGACAUUACUACUGUGCAGACGGAGCUCCUGACGUCCCUGAAGGCUCUGUUGAAGCACAUAGACUCCAGUCAGCUCACUAGAGACCUGGACGGAACAUUCCUCUACGACCACGAUCACUGGGUCGCCUUCAGACAGAAAAUUGAGCCGUUUGCCAGCAGUUGCAGCGUGGCUCUCUCCUCCCUCCAAUCUUCUAUCUCUACGUUGAGCAGCACCAGCAACCUGGACAGCACCAAGAAGGUAUCUGAGGUGCUGGAACAGCAGAGGUCUCUGAUGAAGUGUGUGUUGGAGGACACCCGUCUGAACAGACUGAGGCUGGAGGGAGGAACAGUCCUGGCCCGGAUCAGGAAGGACGAGGCCUGUGAGAAUGACAACUACAGGGAUGCAGUGGACAUGGUGAAUGUCCUUUAUAACCAGGUGGAUGAGGAGGUCCAUAAACUGGUGAUCCUCUCCAACAAGUCCCUGAAACAGCUGGAGAGUCUGCUGGAGGUCCGCAGGUUUGAGGAACAGACAGAGCAGAUCAAAGUAUGGUUCAGUGUGGAAGGAGAGAAGCACCUCACUGCCCUGGACUGUCUUCCUCUCUCUCUGGCUGCAGUCAAAGACAUGAGGCAGAGUUUGGAACAGUUCUUUGAGGAGUCAGUUCAGCAGCAGAAGCAGGGUUUACUGCUGGUCAGGCAGUCAGGGGAGUCUCUCCCCAGCUCGGCCUUGCUGGACUUCAAACAACACCUGGGAUCCAUCCUGGGCAGAGUGGAGAGGAGGAAGAACAAGCUAGACAUCCUCACCAACCUCUACGAGUUCUACGGCUCGGCUAACCAGUGGAUGGAGCACUGCCAGGACUACUUCCGGCAGCUGAACCUAGAGAGCAGUGGUGUGAGCCUCCCUCCUGCAGUACUUGAGAUCCUCCAGGACUAUCAGAUGGAGGCCUCCACGUUCUCCCUGGACAACUUCAGCUCCCUCAAUGAUAUGGUCCUGUCCUUGGACAGCCCCCGGCAGACCCAUCAGUGGAACGUCCUGUGGACCAAGUGUCAACAGACCAAGAACCAGCUGGAGGAAACCCUGGCCCAGGCCACAGCAGCAGUUACUGCAGCUUCUGACUCUGCAGCCUCUAACUCUGCAGUCUCUAACUCUGCAGCCUCUAACUCUGCAGCCUCUGACUCUGCAGUCUCUAACUCUGCAGCCUCUGACUCUGCAGCUUCUGACUCUGCAGCCUCUAACUCUGCAGCCUCUAACUCUGCAGCCUCUAACUCUGCAGCCUCUAACUCUGCAGCCUCUAACUCUGCAGCCAGAAAUCUAACCAAAGACCCUUCAGAGGUUGCAGACAGACAGGGGUGUCGUCGCUGGAGUUUGAGGAAGAAACCAAGCCUCACUCCACAGGUCACUUCUCCUCCAACAACAACAAGAGCCCCUCUUCCUGCUCCUUCACCUCCUCCUCCCUCUUCCCCUUCCCCCGCCCCAGAGGGAGACCCCCUCCUCCUCAAGCUGCGGCAGAGCCCCUCUCUGUUCGACGACACGGACAGCGACUGCACCAUCGACUCCAUGGGGGCCGCCUCCUGCCACUCGGAGCCUGUCUAUUCGUCCUCUGGGACACCACUCCACCAGCACCGCCAGCACCGCAAACAGCCGCUCAAGAAGAUCAUGAAGAAGACGCUGAGCUAUGAGCUGCCGGCGGCGCAGGACGGUGGCCACGUUGACACCAGCCACCUGCAUGGCUACACGGGGGUGUACAUCAAGGGGCUGGAGGUGGCCAACAACGUGUCAGUGGAGAAGAAGCUGCAGAGGCCUGACGUGGUGAGCCCGGCGCUGGGACGCAGCCGCAGCAUGUCCUCCCCCACCAGACACCCAGAGGGAGAUGGAAAGAAGCAUAGCAGUAAAGUGCAGCACAUCAUGGCUGAGAUGAUCUCCACAGAGAGGGAGUAUGUGCGUUCCCUCAUCUACGUCAUCGAGCACUACUUCCCAGAGAUGGAGCGUCUGGACCUGCCUCAGGACCUCUGGGGGAGAGAGCAUUAUCUUUGGCAGGAGAAACUGAGCCAGUACUUCCUGAAAGAGCUGGAGGCCUCCGCCCAUUCUCCCCUGUCCAUCAGCAGCUGCUUCCUCAGGCACGGAGAUCAGUUUGGAAUGUACGCUCUCUACAGCAAGAACAAGCCUCAGUCUGACGCUCUACUCACCAGCCACGGGAAUGGAUUCUUUAAGAACAAGCAGUUGGAGCUGGGUGAUAAGAUGGACCUGGCGUCCUACCUGCUGAAGCCCAUCCAGAGGAUGUCUAAGUACGCCCUGCUGCUGAAGGACCUGAUCAAGGAGUGUGGUCAGUCCCAGGAACAGGAGCUCUCUGACCUCCGCACCGCAGAGGAGAUGGUUAAGUUCCAGCUGCGCCACGGCAACGACCUGCUGGCCAUGGACGCCAUCCGAGGUUGUGAUGUGAACCUGAAGGAACAGGGUCAGCUGAGGUGUCAGGAUGAGUUCAUCGUGUGGUGUGGCCGCAGGAAGUACCUCCGUCACGUCUUCCUGUUCGAGGACCUCAUCCUCUUCAGCAAAAGCAAAAAGAUUGAGGGAGGGUACGACCUAUACAUCUACAAGCAGUCCUACAAGACGGCAGAGAUAGGAAUGACAGAGAGCGUGGGCGACAGCGGGCUGCGUUUCGAGAUCUGGUUCCGGAGGAGGAAGUCCCAGGACACGUUCAUCCUGCAGGCCGGCUCUGGAGAGGUCAAGGCCGUGUGGACAGCCAUCAUCGGAAAGAUCCUCUGGAGGCAGGCGCUACGAAACAGGGAGGUGCGCUUGAAAGAGAUGGUUUCCAUGGGGAUUGGCAGCAAGCCUUUCAUGGACAUCAAGCCUAGUGAUGCUGCCAUUAGUGACCGAGCCAUUGAUUACAUCAUGAAGGGGUCAGAGUCCAGGACCAGGGCGUCCAUCGCGGUGUCCUCCUUCGACCACUCCACGCCCUUUAAGCGGCCUCACUCCACCAUCUCCAACAGUAGCACCUCCUCUUCCUCCUCCCAGUCCUCUUCCUCACUGCUGGGCUCCCUCAACCUGCACCUGUACCCCUCGCCUGCUCACCAGCACCCCCACGCCCACCAGCACCCCUACCCUCUGGGCAGCGUACCCUCCUUCAGCCACUGGCCCUACGACUGCAUUGAGGAGGACGAGCUGGAGCAGGACACGGGCAGCCAGCCUUCUAUGAUCACAGAGAGCUCUGGGGAGACAUCGUCCCAGUCUACCUCCAGUGACAGUGUGACGGGGCUGAGCAGCCUCUCCCUCCCCAUCCCAGGCCACGGCCGCCCCAACAUCAUCAUCGACGCCUUACCCAGCAACUCCACUUCCUCCUUCCUGUGUUCGUCCACGCCUCCCGGCUCCUCCCACCCUCAGAUGGCCCCUCCCCCAGCCCUGUUCCCUAAGGACCAGGUCCUCCAAGCCCAGGGCAGCACCUUCAUCACAGCAAGCAAGACCUCUCAUAUUACAAUAGGCCUCUCUACAGUGGUCUGACCCACAGAGCGAGAGAGAGAGGGCUGUUUAGCUCACUGUGAUGCCACUGCACUGAGAACUGGUGUUACGGAUGAUCAGUAAGGACUUGAAUGAGGAAGCUAUCCUGUUAAGCAUGCCCAGUGACGCCUGUAACACUGGGCACUCUACUGUGUCUCUACUGGACUCUACUGUGU